AUGAUUACAACAAAUGAAACCCAAAUGAAUGGGUUCCUCCUCAUGGGGUUUUCUGAGAAUCACAAGCUGCAGCUAUUACAAGCUUGCCUGUUCUUGCUGAUGUACCUUUUGGACUUGACAAGCAACUUCAUCAUCAUCACCAUCACAACCCUGGACGAGCAUCUCCAGUCGCCCAUGUAUUACUUCCUGAAGCAACUUUCCCUUAUGGACCUCUCCUUCAUCUCUGUCACAGUCCCCCAGUCCAUUAGCAAUUCCCUCACAGGCAAUGGCUAUAUUUCCUAUGCUCAGUGCAUGCUCCAAGUGUUCUUCUUCACGUCUUUGGCCUGGGCUGAAAUGGCCAUUCUCACGGUGAUGUCUUAUGACCGCUAUGUAGCCAUUUGCUUCCCACUGCACUAUGAACUCAUCAUGGAUGCCAGAAAAUGUAAGAGUGCUAUGAUAGCUGUAUGGGUAAGUGGAGGCAUCUCAGGAAUCUUGUAUACAGCUGCCACAUUUUCUAUCACAUUCUGUAAAGCCAAAAUAAUCCACCAGUUCUUCUGUGAUAUCCCCCAGUUAAUCAAGCUCUCCUGCUCCAAUGAUUACCUUGCACUCAUUGGAGUGGUUGCAUUCGUGGCUGUGGUAGCUUUAGCCUGUUUUGUCUCCAUUGCUCUCUCCUAUAUCCACAUAUUCUCCACGGUUCUAAGAAUACCCUCUGCUGAAGGCCGGUCUAAGGUCUUCUCCACCUGCCUGCCUCACCUUUUUGUUGUCUCAUUUUUCCUCUCCACAGGCAUCUGUGCAUAUCUCAAACCAACUUCAGACUCUCCAACUGCUCUGGACCUUAUGUUAUCCAUCUUUUACACAGUAAUACCUCCAACACUCAACCCUAUAAUCUACAGCCUGAAGAAUCAGUCACUAAAGAAAGCUUUAGGGAAGUUACUGCUGGGUAGCUAUUUCACUGGGAAAAAAGCUUAUCUCCAGCGUUGUUAG